UGAUUGAACUUUUCUUGUGUAGUUUGUGCGGCGCGGAGGUGUCUGCCCCCAGCGCAGCCCGGCACCAGCCCGCCGAGCGGGAGCUCACUCCGGCGCCUGCCGCCCCUCGCAGCGCCCGGCCGCCCCUCUGCCCUCCUCUCCCGCAGAGCGAUGGUGCGGAGGGCGCCCGGCGCGUCCCUUGCCUUGCUCCUCUGGGUAACGGCCGCCUGCGGCAGCCCCGCCGGGCCGGGGACUGGCGCCGCCGUCCGCAGGCAGGACGACGCUUUCUCCACCGCCAGAUGCACCUCCAGGUGCCUGAGUCUCCAGAUCACCCGCAUCUCCGCCUUCUUCAAGCACUUCCAGAACAAUGGGUCACUUGCUUGGUGCCAGAAUCAUAAACAGUGUUCAAAGGAAAAGGAACGAUGUUUGAGGUGCCUGGAGCCCUGCAAAGAGUCCUGGGACCUGAAGAAAAAUCAUUGCCAAAGCUUCUGUGAGCCUCUUUUUCCCAAGAAGAAUUAUGAAUGCCUAACUAGCUGUGAAUUCCUUAAGUACAUCCUGUCUGUGAAGCAAGGGGACUGCCCAGCACCUGAGAAGGCCAGUGGUUUUGCAGCUGCCUGUGUUGAAAGCUGUGAAGCUGAUAGUGAAUGUUCCGGAGUGAAGAAAUGCUGUUCCAAUGGAUGCGGUCAUACGUGCCAGAUUCCAAAAAAUCUGUACAAAGGAGUUCCACUGAAACCCCGGAAAGAAUUAAAAUUCAUGGAACUUCAGUCUGGAGACCUGGAGGUGAAGUGGUCUUCAAAAUUCAAUAUUUCCAUUGAGCCUGUGAUCUAUGUUGUUCAGAGGAGGUGGAAUCAAGGAAUCCAUCCAAGUGAGGAUGAUGCUUCUAACUGGCAAACUGUGGCACAGACUACGGAUGAGCGGGUUCGACUGCCGGACAUCCGAGCAAGCAGGUGGUACCAGUUCCGUGUGGCAGCUGUGAACGUGCACGGGACAAGAGGCUUCACAGCACCCAGCAAGCACUUCCGAUCCUCGAAAGAUCCAUCUGCUCCACCAGCUCCGUCUAAUAUCAGAAUUGCCAAUAUUAGUGCAAACAAUGAUGGGAGUGUAAAUGUAAUGAUUACUUGGGAUCUUCCAGAAGAGCCUGAUAUCCCAGUGCACCACUACAAAGUCUUCUGGAGCUGGACAUACAGCAAAUAUGUAAUCCCAGCUAAAAAAAAGAGAAGAAAGAUUACUGAUGGGGCCCAAAAUUAUGUGGUCCUGGAGGGGCUCCAACCCAACAGCAACUACAAUGUAGAACUGCAGGCAGUAACGCGUUGGGGUCAGAUACGACUGAAAAGUGCUAAGGUUUCUCUUCAUUUUAGCACGACUCAGGACACCAGGAAUAAUAAGGAACAGACAUCUUCUGCUGGGAAAUCCCAGAAAGGACUUGUAGAUCCUUACCCAACAUUUCAAAGAAGAAAACCCACUCGUUUUCUUAAAAUUGGAACUCCUUUCUAUCAGGACAAUCAACUCCAGGUCAAAGUCUACUGGAAGAAAACAGAUACCAGCGUAAAUCAAUUCCAAGUCCACUGGUUACUGGAGUCCUGUGCACACAAUGACACCAAAGGACUUGGGAAAGUAACUGAGCUGACUUAUGAAAACUACAUGAUUCUGAAGGACCUGUCAUUUUCAUGCAAAUACAAAGUAACAGUUUUGCCUGCAAAAUCUAAAAGCCGUUUUAAGGCUGAGAGUAUUUUCUUUGUUACCCCACCUUGCUCUGCAUUUAAAGAAAAAAGCCACAAGCACAUUAACUGUCCUGCUGAAGGAGUGCCAGUUCUACCCAAAGUGUUGGCCAAACCCGAGAAUCUCUCUGCGUCUUUCAUUGUCCAGGAAGGUAACAUCACUGGUCAUUUUUCCUGGAAGAUAUCUAAGGCAGACCUUCACCAGCCCAUGACAGGGUUUCAGGUCACUUGGGCAGAAGUAACCACAGAGAGCCGGCAGAACAGCUUACCCAACAGCAUCAUUUCACAGUCGCAGAUACUGCCAGCAGAUCAUUAUGUACUCACCGUGCCAAAUCUGAGGCCAUCAAUGCUUUACCGCUUGGAAGUUCAAGUGCUGACGACUGGUGGGGAAGGACCAGCCACGAUAAAAUCAUUCAGAACACCCGACCUUCCUCCAUUUUCACCCCACAGAUCUCAUCUGAAGCAACAUCAUCCACAUCACUACAAGCCACCCCCAGAGAAAUAUUAGACUGUUUCCAGUGAUUAUACAAAUAACUGAGAGAAAAACUGAGCUCCCAAUUGGAGGCUAGAAAAAGGCACAUCUGUAGGAGCAAUGAACAUAGUUUUGCAGUGGAGGUUACCAUCUGGUAUGAUCUGUACCUACGCCUCCAUAGUUUAGCCAUGACAAAUUGUAUUUGCACCAAGACCACGAUACAGUAAGUAUGAUUUCGAUACCACCAUUAUUCGACAAACUGAAGAUCACACCCAACUCCACACCUGUGAGAAGAUCAGAAGUGUGCUCAUUAUAAUGUUUUUGCAUUUCUGUGUUUAAAGUAGAUUGAAAAGGUGCAGUGUAUACAGCUUUUUCUCUUAGUGACUUCAAUGUUAAUAUUUGCAAGGUUGUCCUGAGAUAUAUACAUACUUUUGAACACUGUAGGCCAUGUUUUCAUCAGCAAGUUUAAAUGAUCUAUUUUACUUAAAGCUCUGCCUGUCACCAGUUUAAACCCUAGUGUAUUUUGCUAUUAAAGAAGAUAUCCAUAUGUCUGAAAUAAAGACAUAAGUAAAUAAAUACCAGUAGCAUAAAUUAUAAAAUAGUCAGUAUUUAAUAAUUGCAGUAUCACCGCAAAGGAGAAUGCUGAUACAUUUGUAUCAACCAUCCAUUCUGAAAUGGUGAUGUUUUAGCAUGUAUGUCAUCUAUUAGCGUAGUUAAUAGCUUAAAAAUAUACGGGCUAGAUGUACCAUUGUGAAGAAACAACAGACAAUUAAUUGAAUUGUUGAAAAUCUAUGGAAAUUAAUACAAUUAAUUUAUAGGGCCUGGAAGAAUUAAUUUUAAAACCCCACUUAUAAUUUUUUGGAGUAUAAUAUUUCAAGGUAUACUAAUACCUUGAAGCACUGAUUUUCUAGUUAAAAAUGUGAUAGUUAACAUGAACAUUUUAGAAAAUCCAAUUCUGAGGCACAUUUAUUAUUCAAGUAGCUGUAGAGCUACUUUUUGGCUUAGGCUCUUGGUGCACAUAUCUCUUUUCCCUGUGGAUCGUUUGAACAGAAGGAUGGAUGUAUUGGCUCCAUGCUAUUUUGCUUACAGAAAGAACGAUGUGACAAUAUUCUGGCAUCUGGAAAACAUUGGCUUAUAAUUUAUUUGAAUGCAUUUUUAAAAUUUAGACAGAGGUUGCCCUUUUUUAACCAUACGGGAAUUCAUAUUGCUUUAUUGCGCAAUAUAAACUGUCUACAAUAAUUUGCUACACAAAGAGACAUCCUUUGAUAGUAAACAGAAACUGCUUGAAUUUAUUAUGAGGAUUGUAGAAAGUAUCUGACAAUAAGCACCCCUACAAAUACUCAUAAUCAGCUUCUAAUGUUCAGAAUAUUCGAAGUGCUCCUGAAGUUUUUUGGCACCGUUUCCGUUGCUCCCUGAACCAUCACAUCAUGAGGUUGUUACCUCAGGAUGUGGUUGUUACCUCGAGAGUCCAACUUGACAAGGUGGCCACUUUUUCUACCAGCAGAUGCUACAGACUCACCUGUACUUGAUAUUUGCCUGGGAUAUUCAGUGAGAGGAGCUCAGACAUUAGUGAUAUUUCCUUCUCUUGAUGACAGCCUGUUUUGUGGAAAAGCAAAUAUGAAGACAAAAAAGACAAACCUGAAACUGAGGAUCAGAGUUACGUUUAUCAGAGUAGAGCAUUCACAAAAUAUUACAAUAUAGUUUGUCUGUUUUGAAGUUUAUAGCUUUUUGUUUCACAUGGGUUGAUACCACAGCGGGUGAAGGAAACUGAGUUAAUUUCCCUGCAUUUCUGCCUUUGCUAUUAAAGGGCUCUUUUUUCCAUUCUGUUUCUACUUUGAUUGUUGUCUUUUUUGAUAUGCACUCAGUGACCAAGAACUUUUCCAGAAAGUUUCUAUUGUUACAUGGUUUGGGCCUUUAACCGCAGUUUUAAAAAAUAUUGAAGGCUAUGGUGCUUUUAAUUCCUUCCUCUAACAUUCUGUCAUCUCCCCUUUUCCAGAAUACAUGGGCAAAUAAACAGAUGAACUCUUCUUCGUAAAAUCUUUAAUAUAAAGGUUUCUUUUCAGUUUGGCAGAAGGCCAGAGUCUCAGAGAUUUUUGUCAGGACGGAAAUGUUUUGUGUGUACAAGUCUUUACAAAAAACCCAAAAUUUGAAUUGAACCAGUGUGCAGCACUACUUCAACAUUUAGAUUGAACAGGGCAUAGGUGAGACUAUAGAAGCGAUCUCUCUGCUGUUUCUGAGAGUAGGAGUCAGUGGGAUCAGAGAAAGUAAUUACCUCAGGCUGCUCUGAAAAAUUCUGUCCAAACCUUUCAAUCACAGUCUAUUCUAGUUAUGCUGGAGCAAAUCAGUAGUGACUUGAUUAAUGUUAAUGAAAUUAUGUUUCAUUCAUAAUGACAUGGUAAAGCAUAGAACAUGGAUGCCGGUCUUUAUUACAGUGAUGCCAAAGCUGUCUUGGAGAUAGAUAAACUGGAAGUUAGCAGCCCUGAGUGAUCAUACCCUUAGAACUGGUUGCUGAAAUCAAUCAAAAUAGUUACUGGUUACUGAUAGAAGUCUCUUUGAAGCAUCCAACUUUUAAAAUUAGCAAUGUACUUUUGAAAAGCAUGGAGGGCUUUUCCCUUUUCAAGUAGAUUCUGGCAAUCAAAAAAUAAGAUUUUAAAGUAGAAUUGUAGUGAACAAGUGUAUUAUACGGGGUCCACUGAGAUGUAAAUUAUUUUUCCUUCCUACGAAUCAGCUUGUCAACCCACCUUUCAAGUCACCCUCCAAAUCAAAGACUAAACAUACAAGUUUAAUAAAGCUCAUGCAUGGAUGUUAAAUUCCCAGCUAUGGGUGAUUUCCUGAUUACUCUUUGAAUUUAGUAGUACAGAUUUGAAGUUGUUAGUGCCUAAUUCAUAAAGCCUUGUUUGCUGACUUGUACAGGGUAUUGUCCUAAUUUACUUGCCUACGUCACGUUAAACAUUUAAUGCAGCAAUAGAGUUGUAAUUCACUACUCAAUUCACUAGUUAAAGAUUUAUUUUCUCUAAUGAUCUUGUGUAAUACAGAUUUAAUAUAGAUAUUGGGAUGUUUUUAGAUAAUCUGCACCUUUACACUAAUGUAUGAUUUGCUAUGUACGAUUCUGAUGGAUUUAUCAGUUGACUUCAGGAUGCUUUUUGUUUAUCUCUUACAGGACAAUUAUAAGAUUAUGCCAUUUUUUUUGCUAACUGCUUUGUGAAGUGAUUUUUUUGUCAUUGUUCAUUGGUGAUUUUUGUUUAAGAAGAAAAUGGUUCGUUCUUGUUAAAUUUUUUUUGACCAUUUUUGAGUUGUUUAUAAAGCAGGAGAAAUUCAAAUAAGAUAGAGCUUGUGCUGUAUCAUCUUGAGUAUUCGUUAAUAACAUAGCACAUAGACAUAGAGGUAGUGGCUUCAGAAGGAGCUGAGGACGUGGUGUGGAAGUUCUAACACUGGCAUUAAUGUUUUGCAUGGUCACACAAGGUCAAAGGAAUGCUUAUUGCUAAUGCGAAGGGGAAUGUGCUGUUGCUGUUAGCAGAACUGUAUAGAAACCUUGACAGUGAGUCAAUUUAUUCCACAAUACUUUCAUCUCCAUGCUCCCAGCUGGAGGCAGGCAGAGUUUCAGAUAAGCAGGCCCUGAUUCAGGAAGGUGCGCAGAAGAGGAAACUUCCAUAUGCACAAAGUCAGUGGGAUGGAAUAAACCUGUGCAGUUAAGAAUGAGCUUCAGUGAUAUCUCAAAUAAAGCAUGGAUGUCAAAAUUUGCCUGAAUGCUAUCUCAAAUCAGGGCCUUAUAGGAUAAAGUGUGGGACGCAGACAGUUCUAAAUUCUGUGUACAACACCAUAUAUUUUUUAAUUUUUGUCUUGUGUAUAUGUAAAUGUAGUUGUGAUAUUGACUUAUUUAUUAAUUCAUUUUCUUAUACUAUGUGCCAAGUAUAUUCCUACCCUUUUUGAGCAGUACCUGUGAACAUCAAUUACUAAAAAUAUUGUUAUGCAAACUUGUGCAUUGUAACCAGGAAUAUGAUGCUAAUAAGCUGUUGCAUGUAGUUUAAAAUAAUGAAGAAAACCCUUUAUUUAAAAAAUGUAAAUGAAUAUCUGCAGAUGUUGAUGACUAUAUAAGGUUUUGCAUGCCAAAACUCAUUGUUCAGUUGUGGGCAUGAAAUGUAACGACUGUAUUACCUCUGCUGAAUAUAUUCGUAAGGUACAAUUUGCAACGUAAUUAUCAGAGCUCUAUAUGUAAAAUUUUCCUUUUUACUUAAUUAUAUUGUAGUAGAGGUAUCAGAACUGAUUCUCUGUUACCCAAAUUGGCUGUAGAAAUUAUGUUCCUAUAACACUCAUUUAAAGUCAAUAUUUAUUUAUGUAUGUAAUACAAAAAGAUUGGUCUUAUGUGUCUGUCCUGUUAUUUAGAGAAAAAAAAUACACUUCUUGUAAAAAAUAAUUUGUAAAAAAAUGUAAAUGUAAAUAUAGUCUGAUUUCUUUUACUCAUUCUUUUCAUGUUUAGAAUUUGUAAAUACUGUUUCGGUAAUAAACUAUCCUACAUCAAAA